CUCCAUCCUGAUCUCUCCUCACGUAAUGUGUUGCUCAUAGCAUCAAACUUCAAGUCCAUGUUCGUGACCAGGAUUCAAACCAGAGCUCUAUAGAUCCGGAGACAAUCCACACUUCUUCUUCUUCUUCUUCUUCUCCACCUCCCAAAAAAGAAAAAAAAAGUCACACUUUAGAGGCGCCAUUCAGUGUCCAACCUGCAGACGGUCUGCUCUGCUCCUCAGACAUGCAGCACCGUGGAGGUAGAGUCCACUCACCGUGACUCAUCCGUGCGCAGUGACAGACAGCAGACAAGUCUUCCUUUAAAUGUCAGCAAAUCAAAGCCACUUGAACAAAAGCAAGGUCACCUUGUGUGCGGAGAAACUGAAGCUCGGCUCUGUGUUUUUUUUUCUUCUUCUUCUUCUUCGUCCUCGCCUUGUUGGAGUGUACCAAAGAGCGCAGCGGUCUCUCCUCCAGGAUUUAAUUUGGUGAUAAAUUCACUUUGGUUCUCGUGGACUGCACCUGUUCACCUGGACACCUCCACGGGAGGUUAAAAAAAAAAAAAAGUGACCAGGCUUUUUGAGGUGAGGACUUUGGCACAGGGUCUCGGGAGUGAUGGCGGCGUCUGCACCCUCCUCCUCCGGCGGCGAAGCGGAUCCCAACUCGACAAAUUUACGGCCACCGGGCUCAAGCUAUGACGCAUGGUGUGGAGUUGCUCAUGGAUGCACUAGAAAAUUGGGAAUGAAGAUAUGUGGAUUCCUGCAGAAGAACAACAGUCUGGAGGAGAGGAGCAGGAUCGUGAGCUCCUUCAAGGAGCGCGCAGCCAAGAACCUGCUGUCCUGCGAUAACAUCGACGGAGACGCGCGUUUCAGGAGAACAGAGACCGACUUCUCCAAUCUGUUCGCCAGAGAUCUAUUACCUGCCAAAAAUGGAGAGGAACCAACCAUGCAGUUCUUGCUGGAGUUCGUGGAAAUCCUCACCAACUACAUCCGCAAGACCUUUGACAGAUCCACCAAGGUGCUGGACUUCCACCACCCCCACCAGCUGCUGGAGGGGAUGGAGGGCUUCAACCUGGAGCUCUCCGACCAGCCAGAGUCCCUGGAGCAGAUCCUGGUGGACUGCAGGGACACCCUGAAAUACGGAGUGAGGACAGGUCACCCCAGGUUCUUUAACCAGCUGUCCACUGGCUUAGACAUCGUGGGGUUGGCAGGAGAGUGGCUCACCUCCACAGCCAACACCAACAUGUUUACCUACGAGAUCGCUCCUGUUUUCGUGCUAAUGGAGCAGCUGACACUGAAAAAGAUGAGAGAGAUCAUCGGCUGGCCGGUUGGAGAGGGUGAUGGAAUAUUUUCUCCAGGAGGAGCCAUUUCCAACAUGUACAGCGUGAUGAUCGCCAGAUACAAGUUCUUCCCUGAAGUCAAGACCAAAGGCAUGGCAGCUGCACCCAGACUGGUCCUCUUCACCUCAGAGCAUAGCCACUAUUCCAUCAAGAAAACCAGUGCAGCUCUGGGCUUCGGAACAGAGAACCUGAUUCUUUUGAACACAGAUGAGAGAGGGAGAGUCAUUCCUGCUGAUUUGGAAGCCAAAGUAAUAGAGGCCAAGCAAAAGGGGUAUGUUCCCAUGUUUGUGAAUGCCACCGCCGGUACCACCGUCUACGGAGCAUUUGAUCCCAUCAACGAAAUAGCAGACAUCUGCGAAAAGUACAACAUGUGGCUUCAUGUAGACGGAGCCUGGGGAGGAGGUUUGCUGAUGUCCAGGAAACACCGACACAAGCUGAAUGGAGUAGAGAGGGCCAACUCAGUCACCUGGAACCCUCAUAAGAUGAUGGGAGUGCCGCUGCAGUGCUCUGCCAUUCUGGUCAGAGAGAGGGGCUUGCUACAAGGCUGCAACUCCAUGUGUGCUGGAUACCUCUUCCAGCCGGACAAACAGUACGAUGUUACCUAUGACACAGGCGACAAGGCCAUCCAGUGUGGGCGACAUGUUGACAUCUUCAAGUUCUGGCUCAUGUGGAAGGCAAAAGGAACAGUAGGAUUUGAGCAACAUAUCGACAAGUGCCUGGAUCUGUCGGCGUACCUCUACAAUAAAAUAAAAAACCGAGAGGGCUUUGAGAUGGUGUUCAACGGAGAGCCGCAGCACACUAAUGUCUGCUUUUGGUACAUUCCACUGAGUCUGCGAGGCCUGUCUGAUGGUGAGGAGAGGCGGGAGAGGCUGCACAAGGUGGCCCCAAAGAUCAAGGCCAUGAUGAUGGAGUCUGGGACUACGAUGGUUGGCUACCAGCCGCAAGGAGACAAAGUCAACUUCUUCCGUAUGGUCAUCUCCAACCCGGCCGCCACCAGGUCUGACAUCGACUUCCUGGUCGAGGAGAUCGAGCGACUGGGCCACGACUUGUAAGAGCCACACCUGUGUAAUAAAACCUUUUCUUUCCCCUACCAAACAUCUGUCUUUUCCAACUCCGAAGAGCCUUGAGCUCGGCUUCAUGUCCCCUUUGUCUCAUAAAGACAUUGAGAUGUUUGCUUACGGAUCUUUUCUGGCAGCGCACAACAAAUAACGAUAUGCCCCGUGUGUCUCCGUCUCUUCUGUCUUUAGCAACAGUGACGUAUAUUUAAAACAUUAGCACAACAGGUUAAAAAAAAGAACAAAGCACAGCGGUAUUCUUGCUAAGACAUAUAUGUGAAGUGGAAACAAACCAAUGUGGCGUUAAUGUGGUGAGUUCAAUGGAAAUAUGCAGUAGCAAGAAUAUCUGAACAUGUGUUGAUUCUGUAUGAAGCAGAUAUAAAAAUAUUACUGAUGGUCGGUAUUAAAAAUAGAAUGAAAUCUAAAUAUUUUUUCACAAAGCACAGUGUAGGAAACAGCAUAGUAUUGACAUAAACAGCAUCGAUAUGAGCUAAUUAUUAUGAUAUAUAAAUGGUAAUUAUCAAGCCAGAUGCACCACAACAUUGUAGCUGUUCUUUCCCUUUGAUAUUACAUAUGUGGGAACAUAUAGCACAGUCACUGUACUUGAUUGCUGUGUUUUUAGACAUCUUUGUGUAGACUGUGUAAAGUAUUGUUAACUUGCCUUUGUGCCAAAUGUGUCCUAGUUUUACAGUGAGAAACUCCUAUAUGUAAAUGGAUCAUACAGUACAGUAUGUGAUAGAUUAAUCACUUUAUUUAUAUUGAGAGAUUAUAAUUGUGAAUAUCUGCCAUUCUGUUCCAUUUGUAACGUAACCUCCCUGCUAUUUGGAAACUCCGCUGUAUUAUAUUGCAAUGAUUUGAACAACAUUUACAUCUUUUAGUGUAUUUGUGAACCAAAGAAGGGUUAAGUUACAUUUAUGAAGACGUACGUGGCCCUUAUUCUCCCUUAAGGAAGGAUUCAGAUGUUUAUAUAAGAGUAGUUAAUUUACCGCCUUUAACUUUACUGCAAUCUAUGUUGUGUAACUGUGCAAUGUCAUUGUGAUUCACAGACGGAAUGUUGUCCAGACACUACAUGUGGGCUUCAUUAAUGAUAAAAAGCACAAUGCUAAACCAUGAUCAUGGGGCAGCUUUUAUUCUAGGGACGUAUGAUUGUCUGUAUUAUAACGUGUUAGGUGGAGUUAUACUAUGAUAUGCAAAAUUUUAGUUUGUCUUAACAUGCUAACUGUGGGCACAAUUUUAUGUUGACCAAAAUCUAUGUGAGAAACUGGGAUAAUUUAUCAUUAAGCCUUUUGCUUGAACAAUGAAAUGCACAGAGUUUGCUAUUGUAACAAGAUUUAUUGAACAAUUGUACAUUCCUUAAUUAGCAGGAUGAAACGUCCCUUGUUGUAUUCAGUGUGGGCACUUUAACGAAUCAUUUGCAGAGCAUUACUGGUGUAUCCACGACACUAAUAAAGACAUGAGCUGUAGAACA